GAGAGGGAGGAAAGGUAGACUCUGUGUGUACAUACCCGAGUAUCUGGCGAAAGCUCGCUCGUGGGGCCGCGAAACGUCUGCACGCGGCUCCGUUUCGUGUUCGUGCCCAUCCAUUCAGUCCCGAUGCCGAUGUCUGAGUACGUCUUCGUAUUCGUGUACGUUCGCGCGCACGUGAACCAACACAAGUAUGCGCACACCCACACAACACACACAUACGAACCAACACUGAUCGCUCGUGGUACCCACCACGAACAAGGGGUAGCACGUGUGUGCGCGCAACCCCCGCGGAACGCAGACGUGCACGCCCCUCGAACCAUACCGGAAUACUCUGGUAAGCCAGCAGGGGUUGGACACGCCUAUUCGAGGCGGAACAACACCCCACCAGAGGGUUCGUUGCUUUCCGCUGCGACGACGUUCCUACGACGGUUCUUCGCUACUAAUAAUACGCCGAUAUACCACCUAUUCAGCCACCAUGGCUCUACGUGGAAGUCCCGAGAGCAGAUUUUACGGGACGCGUGCGGCUUUUGCCUACCAAAGACACUGCUAAUCGCGCGACCGACCACGCUGAUCGCUUGGACCCCCGGCGCGACGAUACCUCUUUUUUCGCUCCCACACGGUCAUCCGUGAACGUCGUUGGUUGUCCCUCGCGGUGCGCGGGCCAGUUCGGUGAACAAACUCGAGGCGUGAUACUAACCGGAGCCGUCGGUGUAUUUCGUGUAAGGAUCGGGAACGGUGUGUAAAACGACAGUUGAGGAAUUAGUGAUGAUCCACCUGGGAAAGUAGAAUGUGAUAUUAUCGUCGUCGGUGUAAGUGAUGCCUCGAAGAAUCAGGAUGUGGCACGCUGUUUGAAAGAUCGACGCGGAUGUGCACGUAAACAAGCGCCGGACAAGUGUUUUCUAGCAACGAGACGGAAUGGAGGAUCGAGAGGUGAGGUAAAGAGGAAUAACCGCGAGGGUUAUGUGGAGGAUGCAGGAAGGCAGGACCGUGUCGCCUUUAGGACCGGUCGUCCUACCGCGGGAGGAAGCGGAUAUGCGUGCCGGGCUCUCGCUACCGCCUCAAGAAAGGAGGCACGUGUUGCUCCACGUACGCACCAGCGAGCCUUUUGUGCACUACGACAACGUGCGUCAGCAACACUCGCCGUCGACCUCGCCGAUCCUGCGAUCCGUCGACAAGGAUCAGUUCCACGAGAUGGACGCGUCAUCGACCAGGGAGAAAAGGAUAGACACCGAAGUCGAGGAAGAAGAAGAGCAGGACGAGGAGGAAGAGGAAGACGGGGAACACGAGAGGAACGUUUCCGUCAGGAGAAAUAUCGUCGAGGACGAAGAAGACGACGAGGAACAAGAGGAAGAGGAAGAGGAAGUGCAUCCUGGGAAUAGAAACGGAAGCUAUCAGGAGGACGAGGAAGUAGAAGUGGACGUUUGUCGAGACGAAGUGGACGAAAGCAAUCCCAGUAGCCCGGUAGAUUUAACAGCUCCUUCGUCCAGGGGCGGCGGAUCCGAUCAGUUCCUUAACCCGUUCGCGAAUCGAGGCGUGCAUCCUUUCUCGUGUGUUCAGACUGGCGGACAAACCACUGGCCACGGGGCUCCUGUGUACAUAUCCGCGCAUGCCGCCGCUGCUUCCACGGUGAUGACUGUCUGUACAUCCGGAAACGCAGCCCGAACGACGGGCACGUCGACCGGCAGCAUCACCACGACUGCCAGCACCGUACAGGCGAACAAACGAUGCCUGGCAUUCUCCGUAGAGAAUAUCCUGGACCCGAACAAAUUCACCGGCGGACGCGUCGUUCACAAUCGCGUUCAGCACCGACGACAUCGGCGGGCCGACAGCGUGCACGAAGAUGGUGACUCGCGGGGCGAGUUCGCCUGCGGCAGCGGCCAGGAAGACGAGGAGGGCACACCGGACACGGGGAUGGAGGACAUGGACGAGGACCCUGACGAAGAGGACGAGGACGAGGACGUGGAAAUGAGGGUGACGGAUCAGGAAUCCUCGAACGCUGGCCGGGAGAGUAAUACCACCACAACGAGCAACGUUCCAUCGUCGAACUGCAAGAAGAGGCAGUCCUCCUCAUCCUCGUCAUCGUCCAGCAGCGUGCAAGCGCAGGGUUGCCAAGGUCAAAACCAAACCAGCCAGAAUGGAACCAGCGGGAGCGGUGGCACAGGAGGCAAACCUAGAAGAGCCAGGACUGCGUUCACGUACGAACAGCUCGUCGCUCUGGAGAACAAGUUCAAGACCACUAGAUACCUGUCUGUCUGCGAACGUCUGAACCUGGCUCUGUCCCUUUCGUUAACGGAGACCCAGGUGAAAAUUUGGUUCCAAAAUCGGCGAACCAAAUGGAAGAAACAGAACCCAGGACUGGACGUGAAUAGUCCCACGGUGCCCACCACACCGCCACAUCCUCCGCCUUACGCGCCUGCCUUCCUGUUCGCCACGCAUCCUCAUCAACACCCGCUGCCACACUCGCACACACAUCCCCAUCCUCACGCCCACGUCCAUCAUCCGCCACCCGUGCCACCGCCGCCACCUGGCUAUUAUCACCCAGCCGCGCCACCUUAUCCUCCGACAGGGCCGACGUUCUUCGGUCAUCACCUAUCCGCCACCACCGCCACGGCGUCCGGUCCUCCACCCACCUCCACGCCAUCCUCCACGGGCUUGGCAUUGUCGACGCAUCCACAUCCGCACACGCAUCCGCACGCGUAGCGAACUCGACAAUCCAUCGCGCGGACGUCGUCUUCGCCUUCGUAGUCGUCGAGGUGUGUGCUGGUUGGUUCGACGUUGAGGUCUUGAGAAGUGCAGAUUAUCGAUGAGGAGAAGAGAGAGAAUGUGAUUGGUAUGAAAGAGAGAAUAUUGUUAUAUAUAUAUAUACGUUUUGAGUAUCGAUGGCGUUGCGGCGCAUUGUGUAGAUGGAUAUUUGGAUAAAAUAAAGAAGGACGGGGGUGAAGAGACUGCGUUUGGUAGGUGAACGUAAGAAGGUGGGGCAUGUAAGAUGGUGUAUGAUAGAGGUUUGCGAGUCGCUUUAAUUACGUCGACCAAGUGUCUCCUGCGGAUUUUGAUUCUAGCUUCGUUAUUUGUAGAUACGUCUUACGUUAUGUCCUGAGUGUCGAAUUCGUCGAGAUCUGCACGAGACACUGUUAUAUAAAUGUAUAUACCGUGGCAAGAGAGACCACCAAUUCUGUUCUUCACCUCCGGGCAGCACCAUCGAGGACUCGAACUAAAGGAAAUACGCUCUCUGGCUCGUGAAAGUAAAAGUCCGUAGGUUCGAACUCGGAUAUUUCGUCCGUAGUUUCCACUUCGUGUCCGUUGAUCGUCGCACGUGGGACGUUUUCGAUAGGGUAAUCGGUUUACGCGGGGUGAAGUGCGGAAAACGAGCAUAUCUCUUGGAGGAUAUUGUCGGGUCGUUUAAAAUUCGUCAGCAUGUGAGAGAGAGGGGAAUCCGUCGGCCAAGCGGUAAAAUAAAUACGCGGUGAUACGCGGCCGAAGAAUAACAGGCGCUCGAUUACAGCUCCGCGCGUAAACCGCCCCCCUUCCCACCCCUUUUGGCUCGGGUAUAAUUAAAAAAUUAAACGAACGGAGCAGCGAGCGUCGGCUUAUUUCGCAUUUCGACGCCGAUAUUCGCGAUGACGUUUGUAUACGGGCAACGAUGACUGUGAAACGUGAGUGUAACCAGAGGAACGAAGACAGAGCGAAAAAACAAAUGAAAAACGGGGAAACGUGAAAUUAAAGAGCUGGAAUCAAAGCUGUACUUCUCGUCGAGCGGAAACACGCGAGCCUCGUCGUUUUUUUUUUUUCGCCACCUUCGUUGUAACAUAUGUCCGUUGGUCGCAGCAAAUGAGAGGCCCGCCUCCCCUUUCCGUUUUAAAAACGAAGUAAACUUCAUCAAGGGGUUGCGAAAAAACGAAGAAGAAGGUGGAAAGAAAGGAGAAAACGCCGGUAGCUGUAAGGUGUGCGUGAGAGUAAACGGAAGAGAAACGGUUGGCCGGGUGUGUCUGUUGCACGUCGCGAAUGGAUGAGCGCGAAAGGAUUUAGCGAGCAAAUUUUUUGUGCUGAACUGCAAAAAACUGAACCACGUCGGAACGCAGUGGAACGUUCCUGUGUAAAAUAAAAUACCGUACGUUACACUCGUAAGCCUUUGCCAGUAAAUACACGCAGAUUAUCCCAUACAGCAUACGCGCAGCACCAACGAAAGAUCGAUCACGUCUGUACUCGAUACAGGUGCAACUGCAAAUCGAGCAUACUUUGUCUAUUAUGCGUUCCCAUUUUCAAUGAUCCUGUAGAACCAUUGUUAUCACGAAUCCUCUUCUAAGUUUGACUAUUAUACGCCCUCGAUUUCAGUUAUUCUAUGGAACCAUCGUUGUCCGUUUACGUGUACUUUACGUAUUGCGUGUUCCAAUUUUCUAUUACUCUACGCGACUCGUCAUUGCAAAAUCCUCGAACUCUAUAUUUCUCUUAUUUUCGCUCGACUAUGUCCUUCCAUCCUCCAACCUCUUGAAUAAUUUUCCUUCGUGAGAAACUACGUAUCCCGAAGGUUUUCGUACUUUCGUAUAAAACAACUAACAUCUCUCGAACCAUUCUAAAGUAAUUUUUAAUCAAUUUCGUGGGACUGAAAUCCUAAUCGUCCCUCGGGUCGGACAGAUUCCGUCCGUUUUUUCUCGAUCAACCUUCGUUACGAGGAUAAUCGUUUAAACGGUGUUACGCGUACAGCCAACGUUUUCGUAAGAAAUGGAAAGACGACGAACAAGAGGAGAACGCUAAGUGAGUCGAGUCAUUAGAACCGGAUGGAAGAAGAAUAUUCAACGCUUUGAGCGGUUACUCGUUCAAACUCAUCCACCCUUCCACGCACGGCUCGUGAUAUACAGCGGCGGUUUGUUGUCGCCCAUCCUCAAGGCAGCCACGUUCAAUUGACGGAAAAUCGCUCGCGCCUUGCUUUGAUGCCGAAAUUAGAAGACACGAGGCGGAGCUCUGAUUUGGUCCGCGGUAAAGAUGCGAAUAUAGACUGCCUGUGGGACAAUGGCGGACCAUUGACACACAGAAAUCAGUAUCUUUAUGAAUCAGCACAGUGAUUCGCUUGUAUCGUUUUCUUCUUUUACACUACUUUUUAUAACGCGUUUGCUUACACAUUCGAGGUCAGUCUGGUUAAUUUGAAAUCGACGAAGUACCACAUGGAUCUUGAAACUAAAAUUUUAUAACUAUUCGAUAUACAAGAAGUUAUCAAAAAUCAUCACACGAAAAAGGGAUAAUAGAGGAAAAUUGUGGGAAAAUAAAUUUAGGUAAAAGAUGAAUAUGAAUAUAAUCUAUCGUUAAAACUUUGAAACAUAACUAACUUUAAAGAUCGUUUUGUAACGAGACACCGGUUUUAAAUGGUUUAAAUGAAACGUCAGAAUUACGGACAACGGAAAGUUUCAUUGACACAAAGCCAAACGCACAGUGUCACGUUCGAAGAACGAUCCGCGUCUAGCAAUUGAAAAAUAGCUGUUCGUCGAUGAACAGCUAAUAUAUCAUUGGAAGCGUUAUAUCUCUAACGCCUAUUAGUCAUCCAAGUUAAUGAAAAUGAUAUUUUGAAUGGUCGGUGUAUGCUGGCCCAAUGGAAUUUUUCCACCGAACCAUCGUCGACAGCGUGAAAUAUUUUUAUCCAUCGUUCGUGGCAGCGGCAACAUACGGGUGCAAAUCAAUCCAGAACACUACACGUCGGCGGCAGAAGUCAUUGUAAUCCCAAAUACGAAUCAAUCGGCGUUCGUAUUACAGGAAUCAGUGAAAAAUCGGGGGUAGCGAAAAUUAGCCUUAUCAGACUCACGGUCCGUUCAACCGGAGACAAUGAAAAAGGCCGCAUUCCCCACGCCUCGGUCCUUCGUUUCAGGCCUUCGUUGCUUUAUCUCGACCCUUCGAAACGACGGUGUUAUCAAGCCAGCAGCCGGGAGGAAGUUAGAUCGACGCGAACCGUAAUGCGAAAGGAGAGACGAAAAGAAAGUGGCCGUGGGUUAAGGGAAGAUGAUCCGAGAGGGU